UCGGCCGGGUACUCGUUCAGUUCCCAAACCCGUAGCCCUAAGUUGGUCUUCAUUCAAUUUCUCACUUUAUCUUCUUCCCUGUUCGAGCUUGAGAGCGAGACGCGAGCCGUCGGCGCCCACCGUCUGUUCGCCAUAGCGUCGCCCAUCCUCCAUUGGCCUUCGGUCGUCGCCCAUCCAGAGACUUCGCCUUAGGCCUCGCAGCUCGCAGAGACGGACGCAGAGUCGUCCAUCGUCCAUCGCCCUCGUCCAGCUUCCCUCCACCUCUACCGUCGGCCUCCGCCUGGCAGCUCGCAGACUUCAACUGCUUCAUUUAUGAUCCAAGAUAACGGUGACUUGGAAUUGUUAUGGAUCCAUCUAUAGUUAAGCUUCUUGAAGAUGAUGAGGAUGAAACGAUGCAUUCAGGGGCAGACGUGGAAGCCUUCCAGGCCGCCUUAAAUAGAGACAUAGGAGGAGACAUGUCUACUUCUCAGCCUUCUGGUUCAGACACAGUUUUGUCUCAAGGAAACAGCACCACAUACAGUCAGUCAUUACCACAGUGGCCAGCUUCUAGCCAUGAUAAUAAAACUGAUCCUCAAACUCAACAAGAUCCUAACAUUGCUCAGCAGCAGCAACAAUCUUCGUCUGAGAUGGAGAUCAAACACAGUGGCCAACUGCAGAAUGUUGCUCCUCAGGAUGUUAAUCAUCCACCCCCCUCUCAGAAGCAAUCUCAAGAUGAAGGUCACCAAGGGCAGACUGUACACGGCUCCCUCCAAAACCCUCAAACGAGUGGGAUCCCAAAUCCUGGGAAAGAUCCAGUUAUUAAGAAUGAGCCUGUCAAAACGCAUAAUCAGAGCAAUGAAUCUCAAUAUAUCAAGUUGCAGCAGAUGAGUAAUCAACAGGCGACAGUCACUGAGCAGCCAAGUGGCCAAAUAAAUCGUAGUAAACAAGUGCCAUUUGGCCUAUUGCUGCCAAUCUUGCUUCCGCAGCUUCCCAAAGACAGAGCCAUGCAACUCCAAACUUUGUUUGCCAAAUUAAAGAAAGAUGAAAUUCCAAAGGAUAAUUUUGUGAGGCUUAUGAAAAGUAUUGUAGGCGAUCAGAUGCUCAGAAUGGCAUUAGCAAAAGUGCAAUCACAGACGAGAUCCAACCAAGGACCCAUUGGGCAGCAGCACCCUAUGAGGAUGCCUGCUGUUAGUUCGGGGGCAACACAGUUCAGUGAUCCCCAUGGAUUAGCACAAUUGCAUCACAGAAGUGUGAACCCUCCUUCAAACCAAUCUCAUAUUAAUUCUUCAACUGUACAUGUGAAGAAUGAACCAGUUUAUCCAACUAUGGAUAAUAGUGUCAAAAAAUCUCAGGAAUUGGAUGUUAAAAUAGAAUCCCAAGCAGUGCAACCGAGUCAGAUAUCAUCUUCCAGUUCCAACUUUGCUAGCCAAGAAUCAGAAAGGUCCUCCUUGCACAUACAAGGGCUUACUAAGCAGCAGCAGCAGCAUCUGCAUUUUUCAUCAGCACAUGGAAGUAGUGGUACCAAUUAUAAUCUUUAUUCUGGCACAAGCAGUAGUUCUACAUCUCUCAAAGCGCCACUGCAUGAUUCCCAUUUGAGGCAAAUUCCUCAUCAAAACAUUGCUCAAAAUCACCUGGGGGGGCCCACACAGGGUAUGAAUCUGAUUGGCAUGACAAAACUUGAUAGACAGAAUUCCAUCAAUGAUCCAAAGAGACUGCAGGGAGUGUCUGCUCCUCCUGUUGUAAGUAGUGCAGGAUCACAACAAACACCCAAUGCUUGGCAACCUUCGAAUGUUAAAAAGGAACCUACUGACCUGUCUGCUGAGCAGCAACAGAGACAUCAUUUAUCUAAAUUGCAUGGAAUUUCUUCUGUUGGCACUGGUCAGAUUGAACAGGGAAAUGGCAAUCAGGGAACUUCAAAGGAUGAGUUUUCAAGAGGUCUUCCAGCAUCUACAAAUAUGCCGCCUACAACUACUUCUAGCUUGUUGCAUUCCAAUUCUGGUACCCCUUCAAUGAUUGCUCAACAGGAACCAAGUGUCCCGCUAAGCUCUCAGAUCCCCACAAACCCUUCAGGGAUUAUUGCAAGGGCGCCUCUGAAAAAGCCCUCUCUUGGCCAAAAGAAACCACUGGAGGGACUUGGUUCGUCACCACCUCCUCCAAGUAAGAAACAGAAAGCAUCUGGGGCUUCUAUGGAACAAAGCAUUGAACAGCUUAAUGAUGUUACUGCUGUUAGUGGAGUUGAUCUUAGGGAGGAGGAAGAACAGUUAUUUUCAGGGCCAAAAGAGGACAGCCGAAUUUCAGAAGCAUCUCGAAGAGUCGUGCAAGAAGAAGAAGAAAGACUGAUUUUGCAGAAAGCACCACUGCAGAACAAAUUGAUGGAUAUUAUGGUCAAAUGUGGUUUGAAGGGUAUGAGCAAUGAUGUAGAGAAAUGCUUGUCUCUGUGCGUGGAGGAAAGAAUGCGUGGAUUAAUAAGUAGCCUGAUCAGACUCUCAAAACAGCGAGUGGAUUUUGAGAAGACCAGACACCGGGUUGUUGUCACAUCAGACGUUCGGCAACAAAUCAUGGCAAUUAAUAAGAGAGCAAGGGAAGAGUGGGAGAAGAAACAGACAGAAGCAGAGAAGACUCGUAAACUUAAUGAAGCUGAGAGUAAUCCUGGGCUUGAUUGUGACAAGGAUAAGGAUGAAGGUCGUAAUAAAUCAACAAAGGUAAAUAAGGAAGAGGAUGACAAAAUGAGGACAAAUGCUGCAAAUGUUGCUGCUCGAGCUGCUGUUGGGGGAGAUGACAUGCUGUCAAAAUGGCAACUCAUGGCGGAGCAAGCCCGUCAAAAACGUGAAGGAGUGGUAGAUGCAUCAUCUAGUUCUCAACCUGCUAAAGAUGCGAGUCGCAAGUCUGCAUCUUCAUCUGGAAGAAGUACCAAGGAUAAUUCGGAUGGGGAGAAAAAGACUUCAACGUCUUUUGGGACUUCUGGAACUGCUCGAAAACUUGGGAGAAAUCAAGGCAUUGCACAUCAAACUCGAGUAGCUCGUAGCAUCUCUGUUAAGGAUGUGAUUGCAGCUCUGGAAAGGGAACCCCAGAUGUCCAAGUCACCACUAAUAUAUAGCUUGUACGAGAGAAUUCAUUCCGAUGCACUGGCUGAAUAAGAUAAAAGAUGGUUUUGAAGAUUUUGGCCUCGUUAAUCUGAAUAAGCUCUAGAAUUGAAGGUCUGCUCUAGUUUGGCUGAUUUCAGCUAUUCGGCUGGCCUGCUACUGGUUAAAUUUUUGGUCUACUGAAGCUACUGUCAACUCCGAUGUAGGAAAUUAAUCCAAUUGAAGUUCAAAAAGUUAGCCUAAUUUUGUAUAUGCUUGUCAAUAUUUUUUUUGGGCCAAAAUGUACACUUGUCAAUAUGACAUACGGUUCUUUUUAUUAUUUUUCUGUUUUCAACCAUGAUAUGCUUCGAUUUAAUGUAAGAUGAAAUGCAGAGAUGGCCUUCUAAACGUUGGCCAUAAUAUAACUAUAGGAAUUGAACGUUUGUUUGUUUGGUUUUUUUU